AUGGCCAAAGUCAAGAUAUCAGCAAAGACUAUCCAUGUGAAACGUCAGGGAUUACGGAACAGAGUCGUCAAGAUGAAAAGAAUCUCGUCGAUUAGAAAGGGUAUUUGGCGAAGAAGCGGGAAAAGCCAGCAUGAUAAGGUACAAUUAGAAGAAUCAGCACAGGAAGACGUGGAAGAAGAGCCAGAGGAGGAGGAAGAUGUGUCCGAUCUACCGCUAGAUAAAUCAGAUUUCUGCGCAUUUUUUCGACAGAUCGCUGCAAAGAUGCAUAUCAACCUUCGUUGCGCCGAUGACGAAAUCAAAACUCUCGAAGGAAAAGAAGAGCCCGAAAUAACCAUGAUUCUCACAAUGGCGAAUCGCACUGCGUCUCAUGUCAACAGAGUUACAGUCACUGAGGAUUUGCAGUUGGUUAGUCGGUUGCGAUUAAUGAUGACGGGCAAGAAUUGA